UCUAUGAAUGAAGCAGAUAAUAAAUAUGAAUUCGGGCGCAUGCUAAGGAUAUGCCAGUCAUAAUUAGAAUAAUUAACAACAUUGUGAGAGAAAAGAUUAUCGCCAUUCGCGUUUCAGGAAUCCUGGAUCUUUCUAGAUUCCAAACACCACUCCGAAUAUGCCACUGUUCCAUGUCUCUGAGGGAGGCAAUCCAAGCGUCCAGUUAAAGAUUAGUAGGUUCCUCGUAUUUCUACUUCCACGGUUCCUGAUUUUCCAUCAUAUUGUGUAAACCCUGUUAAUGAUAUGCACAGACAAACUCGACAACUGGAAACGUCUUCGACAAUUGCUUUUCCCAGAAAGAGCGGAUGUUUGUCGAGCUAUUUUCUCGGAAAUGAAUGACCUUACUAUCCAUCAAAUAUCAUAUUUCAGAUGGUUUUCUUUAUAAGUAGAAACCGAAAGCGACCAUAUUGAAAAACAUAUGGCCGUUUGAUUAUUUAUGAUGUGUCUGAGGCCAUAUGCAACACGGGCUCAAACCGCUUCAAAAUUCAAAUCCUUCGUCAUCGAUCUCAACUGUUUGUCAAUUCUGUUUUUCAAAUUUCUUUGUUGGGCCCCAAAAUCUUUGCUCUCAGGAUUGGAAAUUCGAAAUCUUUUACGUAAUGAUGACCGAGUUAAAUGUGGUAACCGGCCACAAAAAUUCACGUUAAAGCCUAAUGAUACCACGAUCGCCUGCAAAGGUGAGAACGUUACUCUGAAGUGGCAGUAUUAUUAUCCAAGUUAUUUUAAACUCAUUGAAGUUUUCUUUGGCGUUUGGACGAAUCCUGCAUCAGCGGCACGCUUAAGUCUCAUUGCAGUCAAUAGCAGGGGCUUUGUUCAGUACAGAAAGGAGAACAAGUCGCGACUGAGUUGGAAAGGAAACAUAACAUCAUCAGUGGCUGUAUUUGUUCUACACAAUGUGAAACCUGAGGAUGGGAACAAGUAUUUCGGGAUACAUGUGGAGUUUGACUUACACUAUCCACUCAUCGACACAUUGAAGCUUCAAGUGGAGGAAAGAAGUAAGAGUGGCUACUGUCGUGGUGAUAACACACCCGAAAUAGGUAAAAAGCAGAGAUUUACUUUGAAACCUAACAACCCAACAAUAGUCUACAAGGGCAAGAGUGUUUCUUUGGAAUGGCGGUAUUAUCAUCCGAGUCGUAUGAAGCUCGUUGAAGUGUUCUUUGGAAUUUGGACUAAUCCUACCUCAGCGGCCGAAAAGAGUCUUGUUGCCGUCAACAGUAGUGGUGCUGUUGAAAUGAGACAAGAGUACGAGUCACGUUUAAGUUGGAAAGGAAACGUAGCAUAUUCAGUGGCUGAGUUUGUUCUACACAAUGUGCAACCUGAGGAUGGGAACAAGUAUUUCGGGAUACAUGUGGAGUUUGACUUACACUAUCCACUCAUCGAUACAUUGAAGCUUCAGGUGGAAACAAAACAUAUUCCAUUAAUCAAGUCUGUCACAUCUCCACCCACGCUCAGGACAGGACAGUCUGUGAGCCUUGAUUGUAUUGCAAACAAAAGUGUGUCUCCUGUUAAAGUCACGUGGUACAGGAAACAAACAAAAUUAGUAAGUGGCAUUUCUGAGGCGGUAGUCACCCUCAAUAACAUCACAUCCAAGGAUUCUGGCGAGUAUAAAUGUAUCGCUGAAAACCACGAGGGAGAAGACAGAAAGAUUGUUUACCUUAAAGCAGAAAGUGAACCAACCAAUGGAACUACAGUUAAAAUUGAUCCGACGGCCUUCCGCAGUCACACAGAUCUUGAGAGCUCAGUGAAACCUCUCAGCUCAAAAGAGUCGAGGAAAUUCUCACAGAAAACAGAAAAUUUGAUCGAUGGAUUCACGUUUGCUUUAAUAGCAAUCGUUGCCUUAAUCAUCUUUGGUGGGUGUUCUUAUUUCUUGUGCCGAAGAAAAUACAAGCCCGUGAAGGAAAGUCCUGAGAGUCGCCGAGGCAGAAUACGGAUAACAGCUUAUUCAUUUGCAUCUGAAAUGGAUCUCUCGUCUGACGCGACCGAAGGUACUGUCGACGAAAGAAGUUCCGUUUCACCAACAGAGGUAUACUCUGGUAUGGCAGAACAACAGGAGACGUCGAUUCGGAACAUAAGAAGCAUCUACAAGAGGCCAAGAACAUCGGAAUGUCUUGUACUAACAUCAUUUCGACCUCUUGAAACUACACCAUACGAGUUACCUAAAGUUCUAAAAACAUUUGGUGCUCACGAGGAAAGUGAAAUGAGUAACAGUGCAGCCCCAAAAAUUUGUCCCUCUGAACAUUACCUUCAACCGGUAGACAAUGAUGAUUCACAACCCAGUUUUGAAAAUACGGAGUGUAGCAAAUUGAGCAAGCAAGAAAUCCAGAUGGUGUGCCCAAAACGCCCCCGGCCAAAACCAAGGAAAAAGCUCAGUAAAAAAGCGCCAGGAACAUUAUCUGUUGAAAGUCCUCAAACAUGCCGCGAAGAAACGUCCUAUCAAAAUGCAAGCUAUUCAACAGCCCAUUGCAAGAGAACAGCAGAUCAAAAUUCAUCUCAGUUAUCAACCGAAGCGCGCGUGGAGUCGCCAUACACACCCGUAUACAGCAACAAAAACUGGGAGGUGCUUUCCGAUCACUUGUCACUGAUUGAGCGAAUCGGUGGUGGAACUUUUGGUCAGGUGUGGAAGGGUACUGCACUGGAUGUGGGUUGUACAAGAGGGUGGUCGGUUGUGGCUGUUAAAAUGUUGAAGGAACACUUCUCAAAGUCGGACCUGAGGGAUUUGUUGUCAGAGCUGGAUUUGCUGAAGAAACUGAAACCUCAUCCUAACGUGAUUCAACUUUUGGGCUGUUUAACCAAAGAUGGCAUUCGAUUUGAAGGAGGGCGCACGUUUAAACCACCCCUUGUUAUUCUGGAGUUUGUCCCUCACGGAGAUCUUCUUGGAUUUUUGAAGAGAAGCAGAGGGGAGAGAGAUGAUUAUUAUGAUUUCAAAGGCAAAGAAAUUCCGAGAAAAAUAUCCACAGAACAACUUUACAAAUUCGCGUCUGAUAUCGCACGGGGAAUGGAAUUCAUUUCAGCCCACCAGCUUAUUCACCGAGACCUAGCAGCGAGAAACGUUCUGGUUGGAGCGGGUCUGCACUGUAAAAUUACUGACUUUGGGAUGGCCAGAGACCUUGGAAGAGGCGAAAUUUAUGUCAGAAGGUCUAAUGGAGUUAUGCCUGUAAAGUGGAUGGCAGUCGAGUCCUUGACAAAACAAAUUUAUACUACAAAAAGUGACGUGUGGAGUUACGGUAUUGUUCUGUACGAGAUUUUUACCCUUGGUGGAAACCCUUAUGAGGGUUUGACGGGAGAAGAAGUCUUCAAGUACAUUGCAAGCGGUCACAGGUUACGAAGAACUUCAGAAAUCAGCCCAGAAUUAUAUAACCUCAUGCUGCAAUGUUGGCAGGAGGACCCCUCCGACCGUCCAACAUUUAGCACGAUCGCAUCUUCGACCGAAACUCUUGCCUACCACCCCUGAGAGAAGGAAUGUCACCCGUUCCUAUGGGAGCCGAUGGGUACGAUUCGUGAAAAGAUAUUUGAUAGCAGUUCAAAACCAGAUCUAGACUAGAUCUAGAAAAUAGUCCACGGAAAUCUUGUCGGAUUAUGGCGGAUACAUCAAGUUUUACUUGAAUUCCUCAUAUCUACACCGUUCCCACGAAUAGCACAAAGAUUAUUACAACUUAUCGGGAGAAUCUUUCUGUAUCUGGUAGACUACCGAGAUCCAGUUGGUCUAAAUGACAACAGAGAGUAACACAGUAGACCACGAGAAAAGGUGGCGAAAAUCAUAGAAGAAAGUGGUGGAGUAGCAAAAUAUUUAAGGUAGGAAUAACGACGUGAAUCUCUAAACCAAAUCUUGGAGGCACAUGAGGUCGACAAGAAUAACAUCACCUGAAGAGAAGCAAUGAAAAUGAACAGCCAAAAACAGGGUCUAGCGGAGAUCCACGAUCGACGUUCUAUGCUCCCCAGCAGGAACGAAAACGGCCUUCGGCCCUGUUUCUUAGCACGCCUCCAAUACCGGACACCAACCGCUUUGGAAUAAGGUUAAGUUUAUUGAACAUGAUCCCCACUAGUACAUUCGCAGGGUCAAAGAGGCUAUUCAUAUAGGACUUCACCCUGUCAACAUCAACAGGGACAGUGGAAUAGAAAUUCCUGAAGCGUGGAUGGCCACGAUCAAAAAACACGAUAACAGGAGAGCCGUACGACGUCUUACUGCCGAGAGGACAACUCACUAACAUCGAGGAUCGAAACGCGCCAAUCACAGCUGUGAAAUACCAGCCAAUCACGGCGGAGCAUUCUGCUUUAUAAGUAGACCCGAAACCAGUCAGCCUUAGCGCUUGAUGAAGACUAGCAGUAUGCAGUCGAAACAUCGUGAUCCAAAUCAUAAGUGACUAUAUCGUGAGAAAAACAAUAAUACUUUAUUAUUAUUAUUCAAAAUUACUUGUGCGAAGAAUUCAAAAGCAAGCCCUACUCCUCGAUCAAAAGCUGAAUACGCAACAAUCAUGUCAGUUAUUGUUAUUGCCGGAUGAUUCAAGGUGCAAAUAAUGAGAAUUGUGAGAAGAGAAACUUGAAUAGAUUGAAGUUUGUCAGUCACUGAUAUGAUGGAGACCCAUCAGUAUACGGUAAACACUUUUUUCGUUGCUGAUUCUUUGAUUAGUGUUCUGCAAUCAGCCAAUUUAAGAAAUUUUAAGUCGUCCCUAUUUUAUCUGCAAUUACCUCAGAAAAAAAAAACGCGAACGAACAGGUGCAGACGUUUUUCUCUAUAACUACAAUCUUUUAGGUCUAAGUUAAUUUAAUCUUAUCCAAACUUCGCGUACGCAAAGGAAAAAAUUAAUGAUUUGCCUUAAAAAAAGAUAGCAGUUUCAGCCCGAGAAACCGAAAUGCACCAAUCGUGAAGGAUUAUGAAUUGGCAUAAGAUGACGCUUCAUGCAAUCGAAAAGUUGCGAUCUACCUUGCAAGAAGGGACUAAUUUCAUCUUCAGAGAGGUUCGACGGGAUUGGUACUUUAAUUGUGAGUCGUGGUGGAACGAUAGAUUAGCAAUUCAAAGGUGGAAAAGAAUCAAAGUUUUAUUCAGAUUAAAUUAAGAACGCUUAAUAAUGAAUCAUUGUCCUCUUAGUAAAUU